AUGAGCAACCACCAUCAUCAAAUUACCCUCAAGAUCUCUAUAAAUAGAGUUCCAGGAGAAUCAACAUCUUCAGAGGCUGCGCCACUUGAACGAACCAUUCAUGUUGGAAGAGAACAAUUUGCUUCUGUUAAGACAAAGGCAGCAUUAACUGAACUAUUAUCUAAGGCUUUAAAUGGUGAAUUAACAAGCAAUGACCAAUUUGUGUCUUACACCAGAAAAUCGAAAAAGCACAAGGAUUUCAUUCCCUUGGAUUCCAGUGAUGAUUUCAGAUCUCUUGCUAGAAGUUUAAAGGUGAAGAAUCAUGUCAGAUUGUUGGUGACAGAUUCUUCACCUUCUGGAACCUACUCUUCGAAUAGCAAAUCUAAGGUUAGAUCUACUAGUGCUCUUGAUUUUGCAAGUUUAGGUGAUGCAUUAAUCGAGGCCGCUUUUGAACAUUUCAAGGAACUUUUUAAUGAUUUGGCACUGGCAAAUAACCAAGUGUUGAGAGAACUAAGUGAACAUAAGCCAACUACCACUGAGCCCACUUCAGCUGCUGAAGUCAAUACAAAUGUCACCUCCGAUUCUAUGGAGGCUGAUGUUUCAGAUGUACCAAAAGAAGAAGAAGAAGACGUUCCAGUGCAUAGUAACAUUUGUUGUGAUAUAUGCCAUCCAAAUGACUUUGUUCCUAUUCGAGGGAUUAGAUAUUGUUGUUUAGUUUGUCCAAAUUUUGAUUUAUGUGCUUCCUGCGAGGCCAAACAGCAAAAGGAAAAGAAAGACUACGGAACUCAUUUACAUUCCCAUGCCAUGGCCAAGAUUACUGAUCCCAAUCCAUCAUUUUUCAAACAAGCUCCUCAUUAUCAACCAUUUCAUUGUCCAGAACCUCUUAGAACCGGACCAACUUGUGACGUAAGAGGGAAUGACAUAAUUUUAGAUAUUCCUUUGGAUGGUUCUAAGGAAACAAAGGAAACUUUGGAAAAGGUAUUUGGGAAUGAAGCUUGUUAUGGAGACUUUGCUGCUGAUUUGGAACAUUACGUAAAAGAUUCUGAAAGAUACAAUCAAUUAGUUGAGCUUGUUGAUGCUAAAGCAUAUGAGAUUGACCCAGAAGAUGACGAAUUAAAGUUUGCAAUUUUAAAGAGCAUAAUCGAAGCUGCCAAAACCGAAAUUGUGGAAACUUCAGACCCAGUUGAAGCUAGUCUCACACCAACUACAAGUUCUGAUCGUGAAGUAACUCCCAUCUUUACAACAGGCGAAGGACAAAUUGUGAUUCGUCCCAAGAAAUCUUCUCAAAAUUCACGUAUCAUUUCAUUAAUGUUAACAAAUAAUUCCAAUGACGUGAUCAAGGGUGGAACCUUAAGAUUUGAAUUCUUUAACUCAGAUAAACACGACACAGUUAUGGUGAAGAAUGCUAGUGACGUCAAACCAGGUCAACAAAGAUUUUACAAUUUAGGCAAAUUAAACGACGAUUUAGACAAGAUUGAAGGUACUCGUUUGAGAAUUACCACAUCCAAUGCAGUUUUAGAAGGGGAUUACCAGAAUUAUACGGAUUCAGUCUUGACUAUUGCCGCUAUAAAGUUGCCUAAUCAUGUGGUCGAAGAAGAACGAAAGUCAGAGAGUAACACUCCUGAAAUCAUCCAUGAUGAGAGGGCUCUCGCUGAUAGCUCUGAAGAUUUAGAUAAAGUGAAGGAAGGUUCCGUGGUUGUUGUAGGAAAGGAUGAAGACGAGUCUCUGGUACUCGGUGAAGGUGACGAAGUUCUUGUCUCUUUAGUUCCAAAGUCUGGAACUUUGUCUCAAAUUAUUAUUACCAAUAAAUCAGGGAAAACAAUAGACUGCUCAAAUUUGAAGUUUGAGAUUGUUAAUUGUUUCAACAAAUCUGUUGUCGCAAUUAUUAUUCGUAAGAAUCAUGGUAUUUCACCUGGAAAAGUUGGGAAGUUUAACAUUAGCCUUAGUAACGCUCAUACAAAGUACCCAUUUAAGUUGCUUAUGAGAAAUGAUCAUACCACUGCCUUUUGUGAUAUGGAUUCUGAUUGUUUGUCAGGUAGAUUUACUUUUGAAACAUCCACCCCUACUUCUCCUCAGGAUACCGAGGGCCAUACUUCAAACACUGAAUCUAUUGACGAGAAGAUGGAAAUGAGUAGUCCCGAUGAACAAGAGUCUUCUGGCUCAUUUCAUUCGGUGGUAUUGCCUGAGAUCCCCAGAGAAAGUUUGCAUAUAGACGCAGGAUCUGAAUAUUUGGAUGCAAUUCAAAGUAUCGAAACACCCGAAGGCAAUGAUUCCGACGAAGAUUACGACGUUAUCAGUGUGGCAGAUGACGAAGAAGAUGCAUCAGACUUCGAAAUUUUAUCAUCUGUUAGCUCAAAUGGCCAAUGA